AUGUCGCAGAGGGGUUCCAAAACCUCGAGUCGUACCAGUGGUAGUGACAUUGCCCUCAAAAUUAGCAGCUCCAUCUCCUGCUCCAACUCCAUCGCCGUCCGCUUCUUCAACCCACCCGACUACCGUAGUCCCAACAGUUGCUGCUGUUCAAAUGAAUACGAACGAACCACGUGCACCGUCACCAAACGUCGGGCAUCGUGA